AUGAAGUCCAUUACCACUUUUCUUGUGGCCUCUGCGACCAUGAUGGGCGUAAUGGCUGUUCCCGGUGAAUACCACAAGCGUCAUGACAAGCGCUCAACUAUCACAUCCAGUGCGACUGGCACCAGCGGUGGGUAUUAUUACGAGUUCUGGACCAACGGCGGCGGCACUGUUGACUAUACCAAUGGCGAUUUGGGAGAGUACAGCGUCAGCUGGACGGACUGCGGUGACUUCACAUCUGGCAAGGGAUGGUCAACUGGUAGUGACCGUGACAUCACCUUCGAAGGAACUUUCAGCCCUUCAGGAAAUGCAUACCUUUCCGUCUACGGUUGGACUACCAGCCCGCUGGUCGAAUACUAUAUUCUCGAGAACUACGGCGAUUAUAAUCCCGGCAGUGCUAUGACAUACAAGGGAACUGUUACUAGCGAUGGCUCUGUCUAUGAUAUCUAUGAGCACCAGCAAGUCGAUCAACCCUCUGUCAGUGGUACCGCAACGUUCAACCAGUACUGGUCGAUCCGCCAAAGCACUCGGUCCAGUGGCACCGUUACUACUGCCAAUCAUUUCAAUGCUUGGGCCGAUCUUGGCAUGGAUCUUGGAACCAGCUUUAAUUACCAGAUUGUUUCUACCGAAGGUUAUGAGAGCAGUGGAUCUUCCUCCAUCACCGUGUCUUGA